UGUACAGCUAACAUUUGACACGUUAUUCGAUAUGUGUUUGCUGGGUAUUUCCGAAUGUAGCUGUUGGUACAUUUGGACCCUGAAGAUCGCGCUGAAGCGCUGAAGACGGACGACCUGAAUUCAUAACGGAGGCAAAUUGUUAAUGAUUUCAAUAAUUAUAUUUAAUUUCGGAUAUACAGACAGGGGGAAGACGCUUUUGUUGGCUAUUGAAUGUGCACAGGUUUGGUCGUGUUAGGCAUGCUGGAAUACAUACAUGUAAGCCAUUAUUAAUGUACACGGAUCAACUAGUAACGACAAGGAAAAGCAUAUCCAUGUCUGCCUUAUAAAUCAACUCCCUCUGGUGUUGAGUCCCAUGAAUUGAAACAUUUGCUCGUCGCAUAUUUUAAUGUUGGUGGAAGGGGAAAUUGUUUUGGUGUGGGAAGAGCGGCGUACUCAAGAAAGGGCUGUCUUUUCCUUUUUGCUUAUUACGGAAUUACCAGUUCUGUGUUUUUAAGAAUGAUGUUAAGAGUAAAGGAGUUAAGGAACAUUUUUCCAAAGGCACCGUCCGAAAUUGCUGCUUUUAUUUUCGUAAUCUGCAUAAUACCUACUAUAUAUUGGUUUGAAUUGUGUGUGGUUAUCCCAUCAUUCUAUCCCGUUUGGUCCGUUUGGUAUAAUGUACACUUCAUAUGUGGCACAUUUCUGAUGUGCAAUAUAACAGCUAACUUCGUAGCCAUCGUGUGUGUUGAUACAAGUGUCAAAGGCAUUCUGUUGCAAUCCACGCUACAGCCCAAGUGGCAUUUCUGUUCAGUUUGUGAAUCAGUUUCCCCUCCACGGUCAUGGCACUGUGAGACCUGUAACACGUGUAUUAUUAGGAGAGAUCACCAUUGUAUGUUUGCUGGGUGUUGUAUUGGACAUUACAACUAUAGAUUCUUUUUGGCAUUUGUGACACAUUUAUUUAUUGCAACAGUAUAUGCCACAUAUUUCAACAGUUAUUUUAUGUGGGAGAUAAUCGAUUUUCAAGCACCAAUGGCACUACUAAAAGUAGUUUUUCCCUUGGCAAUGGUGGCAUUUGGAAUUGAUGUUUCAGAAAGUCAGUUGUGUUUAAUACUUUUCUUAGUUAACAUAAUGGGUAUGCUCUUUAUGGCAGCUUUACUGGCGUUUCAUAUGAACUUAAUAUGGCAUGGAACUACUACUUAUGAAAAAAACCACAGAAUAAGAGACUAUGAUUUAGGAUGGAAACAGAACUUCAAAGAUGUGAUUGGAGAAAACUGGAUUUUGGCUUGUUUCAUUCCAUUUGCCCAGCUAAAGUUACCAUGUGAUGGCAUUCACUGGAAUACCAAAUGUAUGUGGCAGUUGGAAAGACCAAAAAACAGAUGAUUUUUUUCUUUUAUAUUUUGUUUCAAAUAUGAUCUAGAAAUAUGAACUUACU